GUACUUGUAUUUCUACACUACAAUAUUAGUGUGCGUGCUAACUGUGGAAUGCGGAUUCAUGCUGGAAGGGACAUAUUGUUUAAAAAAGCUGUCUUUUCCAACUCGAGUUGUCCGUCACUUGAAAUCAAGAAAAAUGUAUUACAUCUGGGCUGCAGUUGUGGCUAGUUUUGCCGUGAUCGUUGUAUAUUUUCAGCUUCCAUUCAUCGUUUUUCCUGUUCUCCUGUUUCUGGCGUUUCUGGCAUCUGGGGGAAAGGAUUUUCCGCGAGUUUUCUUCCGAACAAUUUUGCGCGAUAUAAGGUAGGUGUGUUUGUUUCGAUGCGUUUUCCCUACUUACAAUAUGGCCUGAAACUCGACACAACGGAACAUUAGUCGAUCGAAAAACAGCUGCAGUACGUAUGCCAGCUUACCGCUCGAACCUAAGCUCAUUCGUUCGCUUAGAGCUCAUGCUUUUGUGCUUUUAAAAUGACACGUCGGUUACUGAUGAAACGAUUAUGAUAUACGGUUAUCUUAGUCUGAUCUGAAACAAUUUGCAUAAUUUAUUGAACCAUGUAUGAUUUGAUAUUUUAAUUUGGUCAUGCAAACUUAUCCAGCUUUCCCAUUUCGUAUACAUGUGAUUUUAUCACUUUUCAUUAUACCCUUGAAUUGACCAUUGAAUUCAUGUCCUGAAAACACGAGGAAAUAUUACCGUAUAACCCCACACUAUUCCAAAACAAAGCCUUAGUUCCUAAGGCAAUCUUUUGUUUUCGCCAUAAUGUUUUCUUUGUCCAAGAACUGUAUGUUUAAGGAAGUAUGGGGGUGUGUGGAAAUCUUCCAAACAUGUAAUAGCACAGUUUAGUCUUUGAAGAGGGAACUUUGUCUUUGACUUAUAAAAACUCUUUGUGCAGGCUUGAAUAGAGAAUGGUUCUUAGGGCCUUUACAUCGAUUCCUACAUCCAUUUGAAAGUAAUUACUUUCUGGUGUCCUUUCACAUGAUCUGAGUUUUUGUAUUAUUCCACAUAACCAUGGAAGGUCUAUUUACUUGAUUGUAUUAGUUUUUAUAAUGAGAUGAAGAGGGUUGAUCCUUCAUUUUUUUAAUUUGUUUGCUAUAGUCAAGACUAACUGGCAUGGUUACUUCCUUUAUACCUUAUCUCUCCCUUCCCUCUAAGGUGAUACAUGCAAGAUUAAGUGUUAAAUGUACACUGUUAAUCAGCUUGUGGCUUGUGAGCCAGAAGGAGUUUAUUCCAGUUUCAAUACCAUAAAGUGAUUAAAAGUAUCAUCACUCAACCCUGGGUAGGAUACUUUUAAGUUUUGUUAGGUUACCUUGACAGUUUCAGAGCAACCAUUUGUAGUCCUUGGUGAAGAGAGACACUGGGAGAAUUAUGUUUUUUGCCAAAGAACAGAGGUUUCAAAACAAGCUGGCGACCGCCAGAGGUCUGCCAGCUACUUGAUAACACGACGCCAGUUUCUCUGGUCAAAAUAAUUACCUUUAGGCCCUUAAUGAACUUUUUACAGUCACUUACCUUUGUAGAGUAUAAGGCUUACUUCAAAACAGUUUGAAACCCUUGCAAGAACACAACACAGUAAAUUGGCAAUGGCUCAAACUUGUGUAUUAACCCUUUAACUCUCAAGAUCUGAUUGUUAAUUCUCCCCUCUAGCUGCUACACAUUUCCUUGUAAAUUAGUUAUGAGAACUUGAUGCCAGAUCAAGAUAGCAGCUUCUACCUGAUAAGUUUGAAUAUUCUCAUUACCUGUUUGCUGAAUAAUGUAUGGAUAUUGUAAGGAGAAGUUUUAUGUCAAUCACUUCUAGGAGUUAAAGGGUUAAUGCAUGGUCAAGUGCAGUAACCAUUGCGUUACUCAUUGUGUGCAUGCUUAAGCCUUUGACCCCUAAGAGUGAUUAGGAUCGAAUUUCUCCCUGAUUCACUCCUGAAUCACUCCUUAACCCUUUAACUCCCAGAUAAAAUUUGUAGUUCUCCUUACUGUCAACCAUACAAUUCUUAUAAUGUUAGUUCAGAGAAUUUAGUAUUGGAUCAGCUAAUUAUCCUCAAAUUGAUAUUUUUCUUUAUUCUCAUCCUUUAUCUGGUGGAUAUUGUAUUGAUAUUGUAAGAAGAAAUUCUAUCUUGAUCACUCAUGGGAGUUAAAGGGUUGAGGUCAUAAGAAAAAAAUGAAAUGAUCACCGACUAAAGAAGCUCAUCAUUUGUUCAACAAAUUCUCCAAGUCAGCACCACAGGGAAUGUAUAGAGAACAGUAUAGAGAUUAUGUAUACAGACAUUAUGGUGUUACGGUUUAAGUUAUGGGAAUGUGGCAUUGUAUCAGACUGACUUCAUUUGUUAUCUUACUUUCUUUACCAUUCUUUACUAUUCUUCUUUCUUCAUCAGGGGUUUUUCACGUUUUGCUAAUCUGCUUAUCACCACUCGAUUACAUGUCAAGAACAGGCGGACAGUUUCUGAUAUGUUUCAGGAAACAGUGUCCAAGCAUCCCCAAAAGCCUGCCAUUAUAUUUGAAAAGAGAAUGUGGUCAUUUAAAGAAGUAGAUGAAUAUUCGAACAGGAUCGCAAAUUUUUUCAAGGCACAGGGAUACCAGAAAGGCGACGUGGUAGCCCUUUUCUUGGAAAACUGUCCUGAGUUUAUUUGCAUCUGGCUUGGAUUAUCCAAACUUGGUGUAGUUACAGCACUUAUCAACACCAAUCUGCGAGUGGAUUCACUUUUUCACUGUAUAUCUGUAGCUUCUGUUAGAGCUGUGAUCUUUGGUACAGAUCUGUCAGGUAAUAUAUUUAGAUGUCUCUUAUUUGAGACAGGGUGAAACAUGUAAGGGGGAGGAGUCUGUUCCAUGGUUGAUUGGAGGAAAAUAGUGAAUCAGUUAGUAUAAAAAUUAAUUUGUCUCAGAUGGUGGAAAACAAAGUGAAAUGUCCCAAACCCUUUAGUCAUUGAUUGUGUGUUUGUUCUGAAGCCAACAUGAAUGCAAUUAGACAUUUGUCAUCUCUCUCACCAGUGUCUCCAUUUUUUCUUUCCCACAGUUUCCUCUUAAUGUUUUCUGGUUAAUUAAUUAUUCCCAUCAGCAGUCAGUUGAAAACAUCCUUGAAAUUAACAUAUUGUUGGUAUUUUUUUGGUAGAUGCUAUAAAGGAAAUUCGUACAAAAAUUCCAGAAGUUGUAGAGCUCUACUCCAUUGGAGUUAGAUCGACUUCCAUGGCCUCUGUAGUUCAUUUGAACCAGGAAAUUGAAGCAAGUUCACCUGCAAUGCCUGAAGUCGAUCAUCCUAAAUCUCAUGCUGGUAUUGAAAUAAGAUGAUUCUAUGUAUUUAAGAAGUUAAUGCUGUCCACAGUAAUUUGUUGACCAGAGGUUGUGGAUAGUGUGGGGUUGUACGUCACAAGAGAUUGCACUUACAUUUAUAUAUCCUUGAGUUCAUUGAGCUUUGAUAUCUGCUCAAUAACAAAAAUUUUUGGCAGUUUCUCAGUGAAAUAUUGGCAGAUAUGGUUACCUAGAGGUUAAUGCUUAACCCUUUAACUCCCAAGAUCUGAUUGUUAAUUAUCCCAUCUAGCUGUUUCUCAUUUCCUUGUAAUUUAGUGACAAGAAUUUGGUGUUAUGCCAUAAUAACAAUCUCCAACUGAUAAGUUUGAGUUAUCUCAUUACCUGUUUGUUGGAUGAUGUAUGGAUGUUGUUGGUAGAAGUUACAUGUAAAUCACUUCUGAGAGUUAAAGGGUUUAGCUUUUAAACCCUAACAUCAGUAUUAAUAUUCUCCCUACUGUUCUCUUUACAUUUUCUAAGAUGCUGACCAGAGGAACUUGUUAAACAAUUAACAGCUCUUUCAGUUGGUGACCAUUUCCUUUAUUUUCAUGACCUUUAUUGUUUGAUUCAACAAUGAUACUGUAAGUAGAAACUAGGUGCCAAUUGCUCUUGGGGGUCAAUGAUGUAUGGCUGCACACUUGGUGUUCUGGAUUUCAGCCCUGUCUGGUUUAUUUUGUUAAAUCUUCAACCUUUUGCGUAUUUUUCACUUAUAUUCUGAUUCAGCAGUAAAUGAUACUUUUGUCUAUGUAACUAAGAGAGUAUUCAUCUCUUAAUUUAACUAACAACUUUUCCUUAUCAUUUUCAUAUCAUUUACUUUAUGUAUUUACCUUUCUAAUUUUCAAAUUAGACGUAUUAAUGUAUAUAUACACAUCUGGGACGACUGGAUUACCCAAAGCUGCUGUUGUAACAAGUGCCAGGUGUGCAUACUUGAAUGUUUACGAGUAAUUGAAAGAACUUUUUUGCAAGAACAUUUAAAAACAAAGGCACAUACACAAAGAUAAUUUUAUGCUGUCAGGCUGCAUAGCUGGUGACUUUGCGUUUGUUUAGAGAUGUUGAAUGGCAAGACAGCAAAAGGCAUGGAACAGAUAACCGUUAAGUUUCCCUUAACAUACUCAAUUUUAUUGGUGCCCGCGACCCGUGACCUGCGUUUUAGAUUCGUGAUCGGAGAUUCGCCACCCGUCUGAAUAGUCUCCGCAAGCAUCAACAACUUAGAGUGAUGGAUGAAAGCGAUCUCCGCAGAAAUGAAAACUACUUGCAAUAGUGAAAAUAAGGUGUGAAAAAAAUUCAGGCUUGUACGGAAUUUGGACCCAUAACUUUUGCGACACCAGAGUAAUGCACCGAGAUCGCAAAGGUGAUAGGUUGAACCCCCGUCCUGAGUUUUUUUCAGGCCUUGUUUUUAUCUACUGCUCAGGUAAUGUUCAUUAUUGCGAAGAUCGCUUCAUUUAUUUCUUAAUCUGCCGUUCACAUAUAUGAUUUUCAUAUAUUCACAAUCAAAUUUGUGUAAAUUGAAUGUGAAGCGUUGAAAGCCACCUUAACCGAGAUCGUUUUUUCUUUAUUUCAGAUUCUUCAGGAAUUCAUACGGGGUGGUCUGUGCACUGAAGGUGCGCAGUGAUGAUGUAGUUUACUGCUCCAUGCCACUGUACCAUAGUGCAGCUGGAAUAUUGGGUGUUGGAAUGUGUUUCUUAGGUGGUUGUACGUUAGCGCUAAGACACAAAUUCUCUGCCAGCAGUUUCUGGGAUGACUGCAUUGAAACAAAGGCUACGGUAAGUGUGUUCUGUAUCUUCAAUGUUCAAGGCCUGUAAUCGUAAAAUCGUACGCAUUUGCCGAGGUUCACAAAUGAGCGUGGAAUUUUCAAGAAUUAGUAGUCCAUACUUUGGUCUCUUCCCUUGACUCCUCAGAGCUUUUCUCAGGAGAUAUCCCUCGCAGAAUAGAGAACUGAAGCUUGAUGUGUACAAACUACAGCAAAAAUUGAAUUUAUUGUCGCCAGUCCUUAGCCGUUUGUGCAUCGGGAUUAAAAUAUUUUGCCUUCAAGGUUGCAGGCUUUGCUGUUGCUGUAAAUGUCACGCUUAAUCAACUUGCGCUGGAAAUACAGUGUAUUCGUGCCUGUUCCCUCCCAUUCCCUGAGGAUUAUUGCUUCAAAUAAAUUUCCCGCUCUCUCCUUUCUUCUUAUGUAUUCUUAUCUUACUAUUAGCAAUCUCUGUUACAUUUUUAUACAAUAUCCUUUAAUAGUGCGAUAUUAUUGCUUUUUAUAUUGUAGACCUCGUCUUUUUUUUUUCUGUUGUAUAUUGCAGUUUUUCGUUUUUUAUAUUGUAGUUUUUAACAGGUGAAGAGUCACCGGGUGGAUACACUGUUAAUAAACCACUAUUAUUAUUAUUAUUAUUAUUAUUAUUAUUGUUAUCUUUUGUCUCUAUACUCAAAGUGGUUUUUUUGGACACAAUUCUUGGAAGAGUCUUCACUUUCAGCUAUCUGUGUUCUUUUUUCGUUCAUUCUUACAACUUUAGAAGUUUUUUUUCCCUAUCUUUUCAAAUUUAUAUUUUUGGGAUGCGCGUCGCAGAAUACGAUUCGUAGUAUCGUCAAUGUGUUCCUUCUCUUACUCACAGGUCGUUCAAUACAUUGGUGAACUCUGCCGAUAUCUCUUGUCCCAACCUCAUCGUCCUUCAGAAAACAAGCACUCUGUCCGCCUGGCGAUUGGUAACGGCCUCCGGCCUCAGAUAUGGAAAGAAUUCCAGACGCGUUUUGGCAUAGAGGAGAUUGGAGAAUUUUACGGUUCCACAGAGGGGACGGCCUCUGUGAUAAACAUUGACAGUACCCCCGGUGCAUGUGGAUUCGUGUCUGAGAUCUUACCAUCCGUCUAUCCUGUAGUGAUUUUCAAAGUUGAUCCUGAAACAGGUGAACUAGUGCGCGGUCCGGAUGGACUGGCUGUGAGAACAAAGCCAGGGGAAGUUGGACAGAUUGUUGGAAAGAGCUCAAGAGGUAAUUAUUUGGUGAGGGGUGGUUAUCAGGUGAUCGAAGGAAAUAUGAGGAAAAGCCUAAUUAUCACAAUUUGCAAAUCGGAAGUCGCAGCAGAUACACAUGACCAGUGGAAACCUCGAGGCAAAGCCUAUUGUCAUACAUGAUACUGUCUAGGGAAGUUUAUGUGGAUCAAUAUCAGUAUCUGGGCAACUGCCCACCUACCCCUCCCCUAACCCAACAACAGUCAAGGUUAAUGUUGGGUUAGGGGAGGGGUAGGUGGGCAGUUGCCCAGAUACUGAUAUUGAUCCGUUUAUGUUCGGACGCUUCCGAGGAUGUGAGGGUUUAUUGUGUUGGUUCUUAUGGAUCGUUAUCAAAUAGUCGCCAUUUUAAGCGCUAAAGUCUUCUGAUGUCCUUUUGGGGAUCGAGUCAAGGCAACCUACUUUUAAUAAAGUAAUGUCAGGGUUCAGGGUUGAUUGUAUUUUUAGAAAUUCUCAACAUGCCGUACACAAGACGCUUUCGACGUUUCGAUUCAAGCAGUAGGCAGGGAAAUAUCCCAUGUGUACCUAGUAUACAACUUGGGCUGUACCUCCCCAUUAGUUCCUCACUACCCUUAUCACUAUGUGGUAGAACGCCCAUGAUUGUGAAUCAUGGGCUAGACACCUCUCCCCCCCUCUCCCCCCCAGCAGAUUGUGAAUAAUUCUGAAUUCUGAAUUCAAAUAUUUCUUCUUUAUACAAGUUAACUUUAUAAACAAUAUAUUGUCAUAUGAUAUCGUCAUUUCACAUAAAAUUCUCAAAACAAACAUUCUAAUAGGUGUAAGGCGUCAGUUAGAAGAGUUUUCGAUUUGAUCUUGUCACUUUUCUUUACGCCACCUGUAGGUGAUCCUUCCCUGCGCUUUGACGGAUACCUAAACUCGGUUGAAACCAAAAAGAAAAUUGCUCACGACGUUUUCCGCAAAGGCGACGCAGCAUUCCUUUCCGGAGACUUAGUCGUCCGAGAUGAGCUCGGCUACAUUUAUUUUCACGAUCGCACCGGCGACACGUUCCGAUGGCGUGGCGAGAAUGUAUCGACGGCCGAAGUGGAGUCGGUGAUGAGCAAAGUGGUAGGCCUUCGCGAUGUUGUUGUCUACGGCGUCGUGAUCCCAGGCACUGAAGGGCGUGCGGGCAUGGCUGCUAUAGUUGAUCCUGAAUGCAAGGUCGAUCUUAUGGAGCUAGCUGCCAGUUUGAAGAAACUUCUCCCGAGUUACGCCUGUCCCAUGUUCCUCAGAAUCGUUCACAGCGUCGACUUAACGGGAACUUUCAAACUUCAAAAGUCCAAGUUGAGAAACGAGGGCUUUAAUAUCGGAGUUAUAGAGGAUCAACUGUUUUACUUUGAUAGCAAAGAGAAAACGUACCUAGCCCUAGAUGAGAUCAAGUAUGAGCAGAUAAUUCGUGGCGAGAUCAGAAUGUAGAAAGUAUAGAUAUUUUUUCGUUUAGGAACUCUGUUACAAUUAUAGUGAAAAGCAUAACUUUUAAUUUAACAAACGGAUCAGAACCCGAAAUAUUUGAAAAUAGAAUUUAAGAACGUUAUCUAGCAAAAGGAAAGUCACGCCCCUUAAGAAGUGGAAAACAGUACACUGGUACAGACUAUACUCGGGACUAGUUUUAGCACGAGUUCUUCCAAUGUUAUCCGUUAUUCUACGAUAAUCAUAUAUGCAUAUUCCUUUCGGCGGCCACCGGAAACGUAAAACUAUCCAGCAAAGACAAUACUUUGCCAAAGAAAUAUACCAUACUUCUACUUAAAAGGGAUGUUUUGAUCGUUUGCGUUAUUUUCUUUCCAACUUGUGACUAGUGCAGUGAAUCAAAAUGGAGGAAUCCUCAGUUGCUAAAAACGGUAUCAGGAACUUUU